AUGCCCCGAAGAAAGGAAGUUGGUCUUUCCAGACGUCGCGUCCGGGAUGAAGAUGAAGCCGAGAUUGGCGAAGAGGGUGGCGAGGUCGUAGACGACUCGGCCUCCGAGAACUCGGGAUUCACAGACGAUGAAUUCGACGACGAUAAUGAGAGCGAGGAGACCUACAGUGAUGAUGAAACGGCAGCUGCAGGCCAAGACUCGACAAAGCAUCACGGAGGGAACGGGUCGGCAACGGUAGUGGUUGUUGAGCAGGGAAGGGGAGAUACACAUGCUAUGAUGAAUGGAAUCAGGCCUAGUGGCGAUACCGAAGCUGUGGAUUUUGAUGAGCUGGCAGAGCAGGAGGCUGAAGGCCGACCUGUAGAAUCAGCUGCAGAAAGCUCCGGAAAGAAGCAGUCGGACAGGAAGUCUCGAGGGCGACGAACGACAACAGAGACCUCCAAGUCGUCUGACCAGACUCCAUCACAAACCACUCCGGUCCACGAAACGCCACUAGAGAGGAAGAGACGGGAGGCGGACGAAUAUAGGAAGAAGCGUGAUGCAGACCCUGCAUUCGUUCCUAACAGGGGUGCCUUCUUUAUGCACGAUCAUAGGUCUGAAUCUGCUGGUGGCAACGGCUUUAGGCCGUUUGGUCGGGGCAGAGGGCGGAAUGGAUUUAAUAGUUUUACAAGUUCCCCAGAUUCUGGAGGCGCCUGGAAACACGAUAUGCAUGAUGAGAUAGUUGCUGCUGAGAAGGAGAAAGAGAAGCAGCGGGUUCAGCGUCAAACUGAGCAAAGACCUGCUCCUCAGGGUCCCCAGGGCCCUCAGGCUUCACAAGCAGCUACAGCUACUCAGCAGCAGCAGCAGCAGCAGCAGCAACCUCAACCUCAACCUUCCUCUCUACACAAAUCUCUCAACAAUAAUAACAGUCACCCCCCAAACCGCUUCUUCGAUACUACUAUUACCAAGGGCAACGGUCAAAUUCGUGUCUCUCUUCCUGGCAUGAAAGAGAGCAAGGUUUUCAAUGAUUUUGCUGUCAAAAUAUAUACCAAGCUCCCGUAUCAUCGACCUCCUUUGCGACGCGACAAACCAGUCAGAAUCUCUCUUCCUGACUCUCUUCCUCGAUAUAUCUAUCCCGCUAUCUCACGAAGUUUUGUUUUCAUCCCAAGGGCAAUGAGACCAGGCGGCUCUGGGUUUACCCGUGGGGGUAUCGUUGGUGGAGGCCUUGGACCUACCCCAAGACGUGGCUCUCUAGCAGGCAGCUAUCGUGGUGGCAUGCAAACGGGAAGUGUCUAUGGCGGCACUUCCACCCAUGCUCCAUCUGUUGCAAUGUCGCGUCGUUCAUCUAUCCACCAGGACUUUAAUCGACCACCAAUCAGCUUUGGUAAUAUCCCAGCUGUCAAUACUGGAGGUCCAAGUCCUUCGGUAUCGAUGCGUCCCAUCGUCAGAUUGCCAGUGGUUGCCCCAGUCGCCGGCCAAAUGGAUGCAAUUCCGCCACACCCUGAUGGAUUUGUUCCUCUCGCAGCCACUGCUGGGACGGACGGUGCUUCAUACCCAGUGCCACACGAGCCUGUGAUUGUUGAAUCAGAGGUACAGUCUGUCGAACAAAAGGAAUCCCAACCAGGUCACCAUGUUCCUCUCCCAAUGCAUCAACCAAAACCUCAAAAGACGGUGAGCGUCGAAAAUAUCGAAACUCCUGUCACAUACAACUUCGCAAACACCAACUACCCAACCCCCGGGCCCUAUUCAGAUGGUAUCCCAACCCCAGGAUACUACAAUCAACAACAUAACCGCGUUCCAUCUUAUCCUUCUCAGACUUCUACAACUCCUCACAUCCCAGACCAAUCCGUCCAUGCAAGACCCUUCCAGCCGACGUAUCCCCAUCCAGCAGGAUACUACUAUCCAAUUCCACCACACGCUAUGUAUCCACCUCCACCCAUGCACGCUCAGCCUCCAAUGUCACAUCAACCUCAGGGUCCUCCUCCCCCAUACGUACCUUCACCUGCCGCGAUCCCAUACGUUCCACAAACUCAAAUGCCCGGUCCUCCUAUGGGCCCUCCCGCACCACCAAUGGGAACUAUUGCUCAAGAAUCCAAUGGCACAGUUUACUACUACGACUCCACCCAGCUCUAUCCUAGUGGUUAUCCUGGUGGAUAUAUGCCACCAGUUGCUAUGGUCCCCCCAACAGGUGCGCCACCACCAGAUAGCCAAGUCCCCGGUGCUAUCCACGCGAACGGGAUGUACUACUAUCCACCAAUGGUCCCCGUCCCUAUGGUACCUCAGGGGCCCAUCUACUAUAGCUAG